GCGCCGGCCGCUCCCCCUUCUUCUGCAUUCGCUGUAGGGUUUUGGGGCGCUACGGUGCAGAGUCUUCAGCUCCGAGUCGUAAGCAGUUCUCCGCGUAGCCCCGAGUCCAGUACCGGCGUUGGGAGGCAGAAGGACGUGGCAGGCAGGAUGUCAUUUUCAAAAUCCUUGAUGGUGCUCCCGCCUCUUUAACUGCUGUAGGAAGGCUGCUACACACCUACACGGAUGCGUGUUGAUCCCCACCGUUAUUCCGACUAACGCUCUGUGUCGUUGAGUAUAUCUGUUAAGAUGCCUUAGAAAAAGAAUCAUGGAGAAGUAUGCUAGACUACAGAAGAUUGGAGAAGGUUCAUUUGGAAAAGCCAUUCUUGUUAAAUCUACAGACGAUGGCAAGCAAUAUGUUAUCAAGGAAAUUAACAUCUCAAGAAUGUCCAAUAAAGAAAGGGAAGAAUCAAGGAGAGAAGUUGCAGUAUUGGCAAACAUGAAGCAUCCAAAUAUUGUCCAGUAUAGAGAAUCAUUUGAAGAAAAUGGCUCUCUCUACAUAGUGAUGGAUUACUGUGAAGGGGGCGAUCUGUUUAAACGAAUUAAUGCUCAGAAAGGCAUUUUGUUUCAAGAGGAUCAGAUUUUGGACUGGUUUGUACAGAUAUGUUUGGCCUUGAAACAUGUACAUGAUCGAAAAAUUCUUCAUCGAGACAUAAAGUCCCAGAAUAUAUUUUUAACCAAAGAUGGGACAAUACAACUCGGAGAUUUUGGAAUUGCUCGAGUACUUAAUAGUACCGUGGAGCUGGCUCGAACUUGUAUAGGGACCCCCUACUACUUGUCACCUGAAAUUUGUGAAAACAAACCUUACAACAAUAAAAGUGACAUUUGGGCUCUGGGGUGUGUCCUGUAUGAGAUGUGUACACUUAAACAUGCCUUUGAAGCUGGCAAUAUGAAAAACCUGGUACUGAAGAUAAUAUCUGGAUCUUUUCCACCUGUAUCUUUACAUUAUUCUUAUGAUCUCCGCAAUUUACUCUCUCAGUUAUUUAAAAGAAAUCCUAGGGAUAGACCAUCAGUCAACUCCAUAUUGGAGAAAGGUUUUAUAGCCAAACGCAUUGAAAAGUUUCUCUCACCUCAGCUUAUUGCAGAAGAAUUUUGUCUAAAAACAUUUUCCAAGUUUGGAGUGCAGCCUGUACCAGCUAAAAGACCAGCUUCAGGACAAAGCUUGGCUUCUGUUGUGUCUGCUCAGAAAAUUACAAAGCCUGCCGCCAAGUAUGGAGUACCUUUAACAUAUAAGAAAUUUGGAGAUAAAAAAUUACAUGAAAAGAAACCACUCCAAAAAUAUAAACAGGCCCAUCACAUUCCAGUGAAGAAAGUGAAUCCCGGAGAAGAAAGGAGGAAAAUGUUUGAGGAAGCAGCAAGAAAGCGAAGGUUGGAAUUUAUUGAAAAAGAAAAGAAACAAAAGGAUCAGAUUAGUUUAAUGAAGGCCGAGCAGAUGAAAAGACAGGAAAAGGAAAGGUUGGAGAGAAUAAAUAGGGCCAGGGAACAAGGAUGGAGAAACGUGCUAAGUACUGGUGGAAGUGGUGAAGUAAAGGCUCCCUUUUUUGGCAGUGGAGGGGCUGUGGCUCCAUCAUCUUUUUCUUCUCGAGGACAGUAUGAACAUUAUCAUGCUAUUUUUGAUCAAAUGCAGCAACAAAGAGCAGAAAAUAAUGAAACUAAAUGGAAAGGAGAAAUAUAUGGCCGAAGACAUCCAGAAAGGCAAAAGGGGCAGCUAGCUGUGGAAAGAGCUAAACAAGUAGAGGAGUUCCUACAGCGAAAGCGGGAAGCACGGCAAAAUAAAGCUCGAGCUGAAGGACAUAUGGGAAUCCUGCAAAACCUGGCAGCUAUGUAUGGAGGCAGGUCCAGCUCUUCAAGAGGAGGGAAGCCAAGAAACAAAGAGGAAGAGGUUUAUCUGGCAAGACUGAGGCAAAUAAGACUGCAGAAUUUCAAUGAGCGCCAACAGAUUAGAGCCAAACUUCGUGGUGAAAAGAAAGAAGCUGAUUAUUCUGAAGGACAAGAAGGAAGUGAGGAGGCUGACAUGCGGCGUAAAAAAGUUGAAGCAUUUAAGGCCCAAGCAAGUGCACGUGCUGCUGUACUAAAAGAACAAUUAGAACGAAAGAGAAAGGAAGCGUAUGAGAGAGAAAAGAAAGUAUGGGAAGAGCAUUUGGUGGCUAAAGGAGUAAAGAAUUCUGAUAUGUCUCCACCUUUGGGACAACAUGAAACAGGUGGCUCUCCAUCAAAGCAACAGAUGAGAUCUGUUAUUUCUGUGACUUCAGCUUUGAAAGAAGUGGGUUUGGACAGAAGUUUAACUGAUACCCAGGAAACCUCAGAAGACAUGCAGAAGACUAACAAUGCUAUUUCAAGUAAGCGAGAAAUACUACGUAGAUUAAAUCAAAAUCUUAAAGCUCAAGAAGAUGAAAAAGAAAAACAAUGUCACUCUGAUACGUGUGAGAUAGUUGUUAAUGCAGAUGCCAAAGAGCAUGAAAAAGAAAAAUCGGUUUCAUCUGAUCGCAAGAAAUGGGAGGCAGGAGGUCAACUUGUCAUUCCUUUGGAUGAGUUAACACUGGACGCAUCCUUCUCUGCUACUGAAAAACAUACAGUGGGAGAAGUUAUUAAAUUAGAUCCUGGUGGAUCUCCAAGAAAAGUGUGGGGGAGAAGCCCUACAGAUUCAGUUCUAAAGAUACUUGGAGAAGCUGAACUACAACUUCAGACAGAGCUAUUGGAAAACACAACCAUUACAAGUGAGACUUCUCCUGAAAGGGAGAGUUACAAACCUUUAAUUACUGAAGAAGAAAAAGUAAAAUAUACUUCACUUGAAAUGAAUCCAUCAGCUACUGUUAAUUCUUCUGUUGAAACGAACAGUCCAGAGUUUAAUGAAGCAUCUUCACAGACGUCAUUGAAGCCAGAAGGAAAUGUGGAUGAAGCUGAUGGCUUAGAAACAGAAGUUCUACAAGAGCCAGGUGGAGCAAAUAAAGAUGGUAGCUUGCCAUGCACGAUUAUUGAUGUGUGGAUUAGUGAGAUAAAAGAAACGAAGGAAACUGAGAUGGAAGAUAGGAUCACUGCUCAGCAAAAUGAAGUUUCUGAAGAUGAAAUCCCAAGGAAUGUGGACCACCUUAGUGAAGUCGAUAUAAGACCUGAAAUAAGUGAUUUUCAGCACCCUAAAUGUGAUGUAGAUAAACCUGUGCAACCAGAGCCAUUUUUCCAUAGAGUGGUUCUUUCAAAGCACUUGAAUGUAGUCUCUCAAAUUCAGUCAGUUCUGUGUUCACCAGAAGAAUCCUUUCCGCUUCGAUCUCGCUCUGAUUCACCACCAAAAAAUAAAAACCAGAGUUCCUUGCUGAUCGGACUUUCAACUGGUCUAUUUGAUGCAAACAACCCAAAGAUGUUGAGGACAUGUUCACUUCCAGAUCUCUCAAAAUUGUUCAGAACAUUGAUGGAUGUUCCCACUGUAGGAGAUGUAUGUCAAGACAAUCUUGAAAUAGAUGAAAUUGAAGAUGAGCAUAUUAAAGAAGGACCUUCUGAUUCUGAAGACAUUGUUUUUGAAGAAACUGACACAGAUUUACAAGAGCUUCAGGCCUCUAUGGAACAGUUACUUAGUGAGCAACCUGGUGAAGAAUACAGUGAGGAGGAAGAAUCAGUCUUAAAGAACAGUGACAUAGAACAGACUGCAAAUGGGACAGAUCUGGCAGAUGAGGAUGACAAUCCCAGCAGUGAAAGUGCCCUAAAUGAAGAAUGGCACUCAGAUAACAGUGAUGGUGAAAUUACUAGUGAAUGUGAAUAUGAUAGUGUCUUUAACCAUUUAGAGGAACUGAGACUUCACCUGGAGCAGGAAAUAGGCUUUGAAAAAUUCUUUGAGGUUUAUGAGAAAAUAAAAGCUAUUCAUGAAGAUGAAGAUGAAAAUAUUGAGAUUUGUUCAACAAUAGUUCAGGAUAUUUUAGGAAAUGAACAUGAACAUCUUUAUGCCAAGAUUCUUCAUUUAGUCAUGGCAGAUGGAGCCUAUCAAGAAGGAAACUCUAUCUUUCCAUCAAAUGUGAAGGAUAAUUUGCCAGAUAAUGAUGAAUAAUCACCAGAACAUUUCUUAAUUCUCAACUGUAUGAAAGCAUUUAUAUUUGGCUCAUCAGCAAAGCAAGCUGCAGUGGGAAAUGUAGCAAUUUUCUACAAAUAUCAGAUUUAAGAUUGGCAUGCUGAUUGCAUGAAAAAGAGAAAUAUGCCAUUUUUCAAUUAAGAUUCUAGUAUUUUAUCUUGUUCAUGGAGUUCUAUAGUAACCGCCUACAGAAUAUAUACUUUAUUAAAUUAUGCAGCCGAGGCAUAAGAGACAUUGAUCCAGAACUGGACUUAAUGGUUCUGAAAAAGAUUUACCAAUGCAGUAAGGUAACUUUGAGCAAAUGUCCUUAAGUUGAGAGAAUUACGUAAGUUAUGAAAAGCUUGCCUAUGGUUUUUCAUUUAAUUAAGCAUGACCUUUUUUUUCUGUCUACAUGUUUUCAUAGCCAGCAAUUUGGUAUUAGAUAACCUUAUUAAGGGCUCUAUUUCAAUCUUUACAUUUUGAAGAUGGAAUUUUUAGCCUUAAAGUUUAUAUUCUCCAUUCUUCUUCAACAAGUGUGUCUCCUUGAACUAGCUCAGUGGAACAGGCUGUAAAAGUCAGUCUUAGAGAUCAUUGAAAAAUUUGAUUAUGGAAAAAUGGCAAAAUUGUAUUUCCUGGUAUUUAAAAAGUUCUUUAAUUAUUUCUUAAGGACCAGAAUCAGGAAUAUUAUAUUGAGAAAUUCGUUUAUGAGUUUUAAAAUUGGCAUUGCAUAUAUCAUAAAGUUGCCCCCUUUUUUUCCCCCCACUUUCUCUCAUGUAUAUGCUUCCAAGGCAAUACAGAAAAAGGAAUUGUUCUUAUUUUGACACUGACAGUUUGGGUAACUAGCAUUCCAAAGAUAGGAGAUGUUUGCCUCUUUUAUUUCCAUUAUGGUCAUUAAAAUGAUGGUUACACAGCUUCAAUUGCAAUAUGCCAGGUAUUACAUGCUUUCAUUAGUGAUAUCUAAAGUCCAGAUGCUUUUAGUAAUAAAAGCAUAAUUUUUGAAACCCAGAGUUCAUAGUGUGAUUGGCAUAAUCUAUAAUUUGAACAGUAAAAUCUUAUCUUGCAGCACCAUCAGUACUAUCCUAACUUUAUUAUGUAAAUUAUUUCUAACAUCCAAAACUAAAUACUUGAUUUUUAUAUGUUUGUUUAUUUUAUAUUACUAUUAAAUUUUUAUUCUCUACCUGAAGUACA